GAGGUAAAAUAAAAAUUUCUUUGGAAGUUGGAGGCCAAGGCACCAUUGCACAAAACAUUACCAUCGAGAUUGAAAUUGUUAUGGUAAAAUGUAUGCGUGCCGCCAGUCUAUAGAAACAAGAAGCAGAUUAAUACAAUAUCUGAGUACAUGUAAAAGAAAGAGUCUUGAAAAAAUAGACCUCCUGGCAUGGAAAAAUGGACUAUAUCCAGCUACUAAUCAAAACUACGGGUUAAGAAAAUCGUCUGCACUUUGUUCAGCUGUUUAUAAGAAAUGCACCUCAUAUGGUAAUGAAACGUAUAAUAAAACAAUUCCUGGUGUUUUAAUAGAACAGCACAUAGACCACACAUACUCAUAUGGUUUUAGCAGAUUUUCCACAGCUAACACCAACACAUUAUUCCAGUUGAAAAAAGGCACUGAUUCUCAGGAUGUAGUUGAAGCCAGAGAGCACAAGGAUGGUCAACUCACAGUUGGCGCAAAAGUGAAACAAGCUGGUAAAGAUGCAAGCUACAUGGGCAUUGUUCUCGUUGGAUUUGCAGUUACAGGUGUUCUUAUUUGGUAUGUUCUCAGUGAGCUCCUCUUUAGCUUCAGCCCAAAUUCUGUUUACUCAAAAGCUUUGAAAGUGGUCAAGCAAAAUACAUCAGUUUUGCACGCCAUUGGAGAGCCAGUAAAAGCAUACGGCGAAGAGACUUCAAGGGGAAGGAGAAGACGUGUCAGCCAUCAAGAAUAUAUCGUAGAUGGUGUUAAUUACAUGCGAGUGAAGUUUUACAUCGCUGGAAGCAAACGAAAAGGAACGGUUCAUGUAGACACUAAAGAAAUUUCAAGAGGAAGGUUUGAAUUCAGAUACAUAUUUGUUGAACUAGAUGGCCAUCCUCCAGAAACAAUAAUAGUAGAAGAUCGCCGCUGAAAAUAACGUUUAUAUCGUUUUCAAUGGUCCUUUAUAUAAAUCUGUCUUUUUUGUGAUUAACUGUUUUUGCAACUUUUAAUAA